AUGGGUCAGCUGGCAGAAUUUCAACAGUUCCAACAGACCGUUUUAGUGAACAUCGCCUUAUGUGGACAGUGGACAGUUGUCGACGCAAAUACUGCAACAAUGUCAAUGCUACAUUUAUCGUUCAGUUUAUUCAUAGUGGACUACAGCAAUUCGAGGACGCUAAAGGCGUCGGACCCGUUAAUGUCUGGGUACCAGACGCGUCUGAAGGUUCGAGUGGCGAAGAAUACUACAAAAUUUAACGAAAUCUUUGCUGCCGUUGUACAGACACCUAAAUGCCCUUUUACAUGCAGUUUAUGUGCCGCGUCUUACGAAAAGCAUUUCCAGCUACACUCGCAUAUUGCUUUAGAGCAUGGAAAACUACUCAUCACCUGUUCGCAGUGCAACGCAACAUCACAUUCACUUUGGAAAACGCACGUAUGCAAGAUAUGCAGAUCAUUCACAAAUAAAUUAGGCGAGCACGAGGCAACUCAUUAUCAGGAUAAGAUAGGAAAGGGAGCCAUAUUUGAAUGUUCUCGUUGCUACCGCUCAUUUAACGAGUACGCUGAUCUAAAAAACCAUAUUAGUUAUGCGCAUCAACGACGUGCAGCUAUUAAGAAUUAUAAAUGUCAAGUUUGUGGUGAACUUUUCCACUCCCGGCAUCAUCGGGACCAGCACCUAGUUUCACAUUUCAAAACGGCUCUUAACGAUAUUGAAAGAGACGCGACCCACUUAGAAGUGUUGCAAAGUAAUCAGUGCCCUAUAUGCUGUCUGAUUCUUAGCAGUCUGCGGACUUUCCGCCUUCAUAUUAUCUAUCGUCACUUAAUUGGUGAUUCCCUCUGCACCCAGCCAGGGGAGCAUAGCGUAGCUGUGGUCCAGGACGAAAAGACCCAUUACAACAAGGACAGUAAUCAAAACGCCGAGUUCUCCGAAGGUACCGCUACAAGUAAUUGGAUGAAACUGGAAGAUCCUGAGACAGUGAAAUCAGAUGUUCCCUUAGUAAGCUUCAAAAACAUACCGGAUCGGGAGGUAAAAGUAGAAGUCAAUUCUAACGUUUAA